AUGGCGUCUCACCUGAGGCUCCGACAGCACGCCAACACACACACACAGGCCGCGCACGCCGCACGAGCCGCCAGCAGGCACAGGAACUGGUGUGCGUUCGUGGUGACAAAGACGGUUAGCUGUGUGGUCGAGGAUGGGAUGGAGACGUACGUGAAGCCGGAGUACCACCCCUGCUCCUGGGGCAGCACACAGUGUACCCGCGUGGUGUCGUACCACACCUACAUGAGGCCCAGGUACAAGGUGGCCUAUAAGAUGGUGACAGAGAUGGAGUGGAAGUGUUGCCAUGGUUACAGUGGAGAAGACUGCAAUGAUGGACCAACUGGUGGUUCAGGGACCCAGAUUUCCACCACAAGGCCUCGACCACGGCCAGGACAGGGCGGUGGCAGCAGCGGGACAGGCAAUGGGCAGGGCGGCGGCAGCAGCGGGACGGGCUACGGGCAGGGCGGCGGCAGCAGCGGGACGGGCUACGGGCAGGGCGGCGGCAGCAGCAGACCUGGACAGAGUGGAGGAGACAGUGGGCGAGGGGACAGUGAGAGGGUGAGGCAGCUGGAGGAGAAGAUCCAGGGCCUGAACAAGAACCUCCAUGACAUGCAGACCACCCUGAGGACCAUGAGCGAACGCUUCCAGGAGGAGAUGAACAAACCAGGCUCCAACAGCGGCGGCACCGGCGGAAGGAACCCUGCUGAUGCGGCUCAGCCGGAGAUUAAAGAGACAAUCCACAGCAUUCAGACCAAGCUGGACCAGCUGGACAACCGCACACAGGCUCAUGACAAGACGCUGGUCAGCAUCAACAACCACCUGGUGAACGGGAAAGGGAACGAGCUGGAGGGAGGGCUGAGCGGAGGUGGCGGUGGCGGCGGCGGCGGCAGCAGCAGCGGCGGGAGGCUCAACACCCUGAAGGAGGAGAUCCUGAAGGAGCUGGAGAGGAGGGUGUCUCUUUCCUGCUCCUCCUGCCAGGUGGGCGUGGAGGACCUGCGCAGACAGCAGCAGGAGGACCGCGAGAGGAUCCGUGCUCUGGAGAAGCAGCUGAGCACCAUGGACGCGCGGUACCGGCAGAGCCUGGACGGGCUACGGCGGGAGGUGGUCCGCCUGCAGGGCUGCUGCGACACCGUCAACGACCUCAAAAACCGCAUCACCAACGCCGAGCACAAGAUCACCUCAGCCUCUGAAAACUUCGAUGUCAUCCAGAACCGUCUGGACAAGGAGCUUGGAGGAGGAGGAGGGGGCAGGACCGACAACAACGGGAACGGAGGAUUCGGACGAGGCUCCGGCGGGAUAGGAGGUGGCAGUCAGGACGUGGUUGUGACAGAGGACCGGCUGGACGGCCGGCUGAGGGACCUGGAACGGCGCGUCAACAACACCGUGCAGCGGACCGAGGAGAGCUGCUCGUACAUGGAGAACGACCUGAAGGACUACUUCCACAGGGAGCUGGGCGACCUGAGGACGGUGUUCCUGGACCGAUUUGACGACCAGGCCUACCGCAUCGCAGACGUGGAGCUGGACGUGGGGCUCGUGAAGGACAGGGUGACCGAUCAGGACAAGAGACUAGCCAGGGUGGAGAACACCACAUCCCUCCUGACCAGGAGGAUGGAGGAGUGUGGAUGUGGAGGAGGAGGAGGAGGGGGAGGAGAAGGAAGAGGAGGAGAUGAAACAGGAGGACGGGAAGAUGGAGGAGAACAGCCGGGAGCAACAGGAGGAAGAACAGAAGUCAGUACAGGAGAUGGAGAAAGUGGAGGAAGAGGAGGAACCAUAGGAGGAGGUAGGGAGACAGACGACACCACAGAGAAGUCUCUGGAGUGGAGGGUCGUCGCCAACGAAGACCAGAUUCAUCGAUUCAACACACGACUCAAAGACCUCUCGGUGUCAGGAGACUCUCUUCUGGACAAGGUGUUGGACUUGAGCCACGACGUCCGUAAGAUCAAGGCCCUGACCGGGGAUCACGGUGAACACUUCAACCGCAUCGUCACCGAGAUCGAGAUGCUGGGGCAGGACUGCGAGCUCUGCGGCAGGGUGGAGGACGAGCUGCGGAAGCUGAAGAACCAUUCCCAGCAUGCACUGGAGCGCCUGCAGAACCAGAUCCACAUCCUGCAGAGCGGAGGGGACUCCGGCCCGGGACACUGCUCCCAGCUCUGCUCCGACCUGCAGGAGGAGGUGGGCCGGCUGCGGGACGACGUGGAGCGAUGCACGGGCCAGUGCAAGAUCAGCCCGGACACGCCCACAGGUGGUGGGCCGGGCGGUGCUGGCGGGGCAGGGACAGGGACAGGGACAGGGACAGGGGCAGGAGGUGGGCUGGACCGUGAGAGGCCCCUGGACGGUCACAGUGUGUUCGGCGGCACCGUCAACAACAACCACCUGAAGGCGCUGCAGGGCGAGCUGUCGGACGUCAUCCUCACCUUCAGCUCCAUCAACGACACGCUGAAGGGCCUGGAGCACACGGUGCACAAGCACGGCAGCGUCAUCACCGACCUGGGGAACACCAAGGACAAGAUCAUCUCGGAGCUGGACAAAAUCCAGCAGGAGGUGAACGAGCACAUCGAGGACAACCACCGGCGCCUGGACAGGGUGGACCAGGACGUGCGGCGCUUCGAGAGCACGCUGCUGCUGGAGAUGGGCGACUGCAAGAAGUCGGGCGACGGGCUGGAGAAGAGGCUGACCAAGCUGGAGGGCGUGUGCGGGCGGCUGGACGGCGUGUCCGACUCCCUCCACAAGAUCAAGGACGGGCUGAACAGCCACGUGUCGGGGCUGUGGAGCUGCGUGAAUAACCUGAACAGCACCGUGAUCCACCACGGAGGGAUGAUCGACGUCAUCCAGAACAACCAGGACGACAUCCAUGGCGAGAUGAAGAACAUCAACUCCAUCCUCAACCACUUGACCAGAGACCUGAAGAGCCUCUCCGAGCAGGACCUGACCGGCCUGCCGGGUCCCCCAGGGCCCCAGGGAGAGAGAGGCUACAACGGGCUGCCAGGACCCAAAGGGCCCCCGGGACCCCCAGGACGGCAGGGUGAGCAUGGCCCCCGCGGAGCCCCAGGUGCCAAAGGUGAACAAGGUCUGCCAGGGGCUGACGCUCAUGUUCAGAAGCUGUCGUUCUCCGCUGCGCUCAGCGUUCCCAUGGAAAGAGCUGGAACCAUCAUCUUCGACAAGAUCUUCGUCAACGAGGGAGACUUCUACGACCCGAGGACCGGUGUUUUCACUGCUCCUGUAGACGGGCGCUACUUCUUCAGCGCCAUCCUGACGGGUCACAAGAACGAGAAGAUCGAGGCAGUUCUGUCCAAGUCCAACUACGGCAUGGCCCGUGUGGACUCCGGCGGCUACCAGCCCGAGGGCCUGGAGAACAACCCCGUGGCCGAGGCCAAGACGCCGCCGGGGUCGCUGGCCGUCUUCAACAUCAUCCUGCCGCUUCAGGCCCGGGACACCGUCUGCAUCGACCUGGUGAUGGGCAAACUGGCCCAUUCUGUGGAGCCGCUCACCAUCUUCAAUGGAAUCCUGCUCUACGAAGACAUGUGAUUGGUCCAGGACAGUCAUGAUGUCACCAAACCACGGCCACGCCUGUCGAUUCACCCCCUGGAACUUUUCAAAGUAGAUGAGGAACGAAGGAAGUGGGGGUGGGAGACGGGAAGGACGAGGUGACAAACGUCAUUUUUUGACCUAUUGAGUCUGUAUGCUUACGCUGACACAGCAGAAACAAACAAGCUAAACUAAGAGGCCAGAGAAUGUUAGCCAAUGAGUUUGACAUUGAAAGACACAAUGACAGCCCACAGGAGCCUGUGGCGUAAAGAAUGACAUCAUUUCCUGAUUCCUCGCCCUGAGAGCAGCGAGGCGAUGAACACUGAAGACUUGCUUGACGACAGAAUAUAUUUUAUGAACUGAGCAGAGACUGCUGUCCUCCAUAUUCCAACCAUUGAGAUGUGUUCUUCACAAAGAUUUCUACUACUGCAGGAAUUUUAUAGUAUGCUUAUUAUUAUUAUUGUAAAACCUGAGUCUUUUGCUCCACGUAUGGUUUAUGAGAUCAGCAUUUACCAAAGCCAGCCACGAGGUCUGCCUGACUUCCCAUGUAGCCAUUUUGCUGCCAAGUGUCUUCCUGUGAAACCGACAGCUUCCUGUGGAGCCCGCCGUGUGGUGGCACAGCCUGAACGUCAGGCCGACGUCCACCAGGAGCUUCUUCACAACUUCACAUCAGUUCAGAUCAAAGAUUCUCAACAAGAUGUCUGCGUAGGUGCUCAGUCAUCCAGGUCAUGGUUCUCCGCGUGGAGUUGAAUCGAAAUCAGCUGGACUGUUUUCAGAUUCUUGACGACGUUUCAUUUCUCACCCAAGAGCUUCUUCAGUUCUGGUUCUGGUUCACAGAACUGAAGAAGCUUCUUGGGUGGGAAAUGAAACAUCUUCUAGAAUCUGAAAACAGUCCAGUUGACCUUGAUUCAGCUCUAUGUGGAUAUUCAAUGAGACUUCCUGAAACUGAUACGUCACAUGAUGCCCUAAAAACUGCCCAGUUCACACAAAGCUGAUUGUUGACUGAGUCCUGCCAAAACCAUUUACAAGUUGGUACCAACCUGGCACUAACAUUACAAGCUGUCACAGUGUGACCCUUCCUUAUUCCCGCUGCAGCUAACUCACCAAACUGAAAAUUAAAACUGAACCUGAAAUCUGACCAGGGGAAACUGACCGACACACCGAGAGAGGGCCGUUCGGGUUCGUUCAGUUUACCUGAAGAAGCUUUUCAAGCUGCAAUCAUUUAAUGACGAGGGAGGAGUUUCCUCUCUGUGCUAACCCUAACCCACGGUGAAUGUGUGGAGGAGGGCUUCUAGAGAUGGACGCUCUGCAGCUAACAUUUUCAUUUUCCCCGCUCUGAGACAGUUCUGUCUCACUGAAUCUUUGAUCUGAACUGACCUUAAGAAGUGAUGUUAUGGCUUCUACUGAUUUUUUGUAGCUUUUAAAAACCUGUUUGAAGCGUGUCAGUCCUAUGCCAAAGGUAGAAUUAUUUUAAUUGUGAGUGUUAAAAACAUGCCAAAGUCUUGUGAAGCUCUGUGCAUUCAGACUGAGACACUGUCAAGGUUUUAGGUUGAAGUCUGUGUGAACUGUCGAUGCAGACAGGGCACACCAGAUGAGAGGAAAUGUUGUUUUGCUUUUUGACCGUCUAUGGUUUGUUUUUCUGUUCAGAUGAAUUCAAAUUGUGAAUGUUUUUUAUAUCAAGGUGCACCGUUCUUGCUUUAUGUGUGUUUUUAUAUCCUGCCAUAUGCCUUCAGUCCAGUGUCACAAGAUUUCACUGGAUGGCCAAGCUUUAAAACAAAUGUCAAACAUACAUAUAUCUCAGAGUGAUGGCGGAUAGCAAAAAGAGUCCAGAGUUUCUCUUCAUGAUGUUCCUUAAUCUCAGGAGACAGACAACACUCACUGCAUAAAGAUGGCUGCCUACAGUGGACGUACAGCUCAAAGUCAACAAUAUAUUUUUAAAUUAAUCACUGACACUAGAAAUACAUCAAUAACAAAUACAAUACCAGUUAAAACCACACACUGUUGUACGCUGACGAUCUGCCAAACAUCCAGUUACGACCUUAAAGAUCCUUCCACCUGAACCUUGUGCGGCUGUGCUCUUCUUGACUUUUCACUGCAGUGUUCUGCUCUGUGUGAAGCUGAUGGACUUUUCAAAACCUCAUCUGUUUGCCAAAAGGCCUAGCAGACCUUGCAGAUGGUUCCAGAAACAUGUACAUCAUGAUUUCUCAUUGAGAAAUGGACCUGAGCAGUAUAGUCUUUUCCUCUGCUUAAAUGUACAACAGCAGGUGAGAGCUGCCAAAAACAUUCAGUUCAGUCAGAAGUGCUUUGGGUGUCUUUAGUGAAUAUCACCUCUAUGAAUCAGGCAGUUCAAGAUUUGGUGAUAGACAAACUGGACGUCAUUACCCUCUCCUGCUAAAGGUAGCGAUCCAUCCUUAAUGUUCACAACCAACAGUACACUAGUACCUUUUCUCUAGGGAAGGCUGAAAUCCUGACAUGAAAUCCUUGGAGGAACAUUUCAUAUCACUCUGUCAAACAGAGCCAAACAGGAGUGUUAACUCUGCAGCAACAGCCCAUAGUUUUUGUUAUUCGCACCAGACCAAGUCUGUUGCAAGAGGAUGUAAUUGCACAACUCGGCUCCAGCCCAAUGAAGCCAUGAUUUAAAAAUCAUGCCUGCCCCCCCAUACAGCAGACCCAGCAGGCUGUGAGGAAGCUGCUUCAAUCCAUCCAAAGUCUUGGCCACCAUAAAAUAUCCCAGGUCCUCAGCGUUGAGUUUUGACAGUUUUAUAAGCAGCACUCACUGGUGUGCACUUGGAACCACAGAGCCAUCUAUAUCAUUACAGAAAAUUAUUUUUUAUAAUGCUAUUAGUGAACAAUUAAAAUAAUUUUUAUGAGGGAUGUUUAAACGAUGACUGUUUCUCAGGGAUCAUGGGUCACGAUGCGGCAGAGCCAUAUUUCUCAUGUUUUUUACUCACCACAAGUCACAUCUGUGUGCCAGACUCUGAAAGUGAUGUCAUUGAAAUGAAACUAAAUUACGGUUUUCUCCAAUGUUGAGAACUGUGGCUGCCUUACGUUCCUCGGGUGGUAAUUCCAACGCGUUCCGCACGCAGAGAACAGCUUUAAUGUGAACUAAAGCUGAAUCACCUGCUUUAUGCCGUCCUGCCAGCAGUCAGAGUCAGUGUCACCUUUGUCAAAUAGUCGAUUUAUUAUUUUGGAAUGAAAAUGUCACUGUUCCUCGUGCGUCUUCCAGCUGUGCACCAGCAUUUUUAACUUGCCACUGGAUGUAUCACUUAGCUACACAUGUGGUUCAAAUAAAGAUAUUUAAGUUUCC